AUGAACACGCUUAGGACGGCUGCAAGGCUUGCUAAAUUUCAGGAUGCCUCAGCAGUUACGCAAGUCUUACCAAAUUAUGCAAAAGCUCAAAGGGUCGUGGAAGUGUCCGCUGAAACUCUGUGGAAGAACGAGAUCUGCCCCAAAAUUAGGGCGGGAGGGUCCCCGAGAAGUGGCGAAGCUGCUACAUUAACUGGCACCUAUGCUUACUUCCCCGUCACCAACGGGGAAAAAAACUGCAACACUGCAGUGGAGUACUGGAAUGGCGGAUUCUCUCUCUUCAACAAGGAGAUUCCCCCAACAUAUGAAGGCGCCAAUAAGCCCUCUGUGUACAAUGACACGGCUGUGUCUUUCGUUGCUUUGUACAACCCUCAACCCGAGCCUGUUGUCAGCUGCGUAUUCCUCCAGUGCCCCCCCUCAGCUGCUCCCCCUGGCACUGGACGCAGACUCUCGUCUGCCUCCACCACAGUCGAUGCUAUCAUUUGUCUGACGAAUCCCGCUGCACUGAAGGCAAGCGCCGCACCAUUCAAAGAGGACGAAUGGAACAAAAUUGUCCAGGCUAUAUCUGGAAACAAGGGCGGAGCUUCCCCUGUUGGCCCUUCAGUUGCCCUUGUUUCUGCGGUCGCCAUCCCCGCCUUCCCUCUCUUCUAG